AUGGAUUUAUCAGAUUUAGUUCAACUAUAUUCAGAUGGAAUUCCACAACCAACAAUUACUCCUCCAACCCAAAAUAAGGAUGAACUAAAUAAAAAUAACAAUAAUAAAAAUAAAAAUAAUCAGGCACAAAGGAGGAAAUAA